UAGUGCCGAAUUUUGAUCUAUACAUGUUGCUAACAGUAACUUGACAACCAAGAGAGAGAACAUGUCAUCCAAUUUCAGUAGCAAUAGUUCCACUUCCAAUGGCAGUCAUAGGAGCUGGGCUGAACAGACAAAGGAUCGGUACCGGCAUCCCUCUGAUAUCGGGCCUAGCGUUUUUGAGGUUCCUAAGAGGUUGUCGGACACAAAGCCGGACGCUUAUGCUCCUCGGAAAGUCGGCCUAGGACCUUAUCAUCAUCUUCGCCCUGAUCUCCAACUGAUGACCAACAAAAAGCGAGAUACAGUGAAAGAUUUGUUGAAAAUCGAAGACAUUGAGGAAUUUAUUAGGAUAGUCGAGAAUUGUCCAAUAUCUUUUGAAGCAAAGAUCCGUUCCUGUUACAGCAGAAGUAUUGAUCUGGAUCGAGAGAGUUUGGCUUGGAUUGUCAUCAUCGACGCCAUAUUCUUGCUGCAUCUCGUUCAAGCCUACUCGGAGAAACGGUCUGAUCAUUGUUCUUCUUCUACUUCUUCCUCAGAUGAAUCAUUUCUUGGAGAUAUAGUGAUGCUGGAGAACCAAAUCCCCACGUUGUUGAUGGAGGAAAUCCCUAAGGUCCUCCAAUACAAGUAUCCUGUUCCCCAGGGCAAAGAUAUUGGAGAAGCAUUGUGUCGCUUAUGCUACGACAUAGCUCCAAUUGAAAUCGAGUAUGACCCGAAUUCGGAGCUUGAUUAUGCAAUGUUCAAAGCCAGAGGGAAUCAUAUUCUGCAAUAUGUGUACGAUAUCUGCUUAGGAGUAGAUAGAGAGUUGGAAGAGCUACAAGAGGAGACAUACAAGCGGGCUUAUGAUGGCAAAGUGAAAGCUGCACAGCAUAUAUGGGCAGUCACGCAACAUGUUCUGUCUAGGCUAACAGAGACUAUUAAGCUGGGGGUAGAUGAAUUGUUGGCCGUGUUUAAAAGCUCGAAAUCUGUGGGUCUUCAGGAGCCAGGAAAAGUUGGCUUGAUUCUCACGACGGCUGAAAAUGCUCGGAAAAUUUUAAGUCCUAAUACUAGUAUUGAUCAAGAUAAGCUGCAAGGGAACUUACUUCCAUCGGUGUCACAACUGCAUGACGUUUGUGAAACAACGUUUACUUGCCUUUUGCCGGCAUCUGGUAUCCAAGGUACUGUAUAUGAUGUCACCGAGAAUGUAUUCUUCCUCCCAACCUUGAAACUGGGUAAAAAUUCAGAGGUGAUGUUAAGAAAUCUAUUGGCAUUCGAAGCUUCAGCACCCGAUCUUUCGUCAGUAUUUCAAUAUUUUAUUUAUCUCCUGUCUGGAUUGAUAAGAGGUGAGAAGGACGUGAAGAUUCUAAGGAAUGCUCAGAUUGUCAAAGGGGAAAUGGAAAAUGAUGAAGUCGUCUGCCUCUUCGCUAACUUGAGGAAAUCCAUCAUCGCUAACGGAGGUGACAAGAAUGAAAUGUCUACAGCUGAUGAAUUUGGCAAUGCUCUCCGAGAACAAUUCAGUAAUAACCCUUUUGUGAAGACCUGCAUCUGGAUAAAGAAUCGUAUUGUUCCUUUCUUUAAUCUCUUGAAGCCACUCGUCCCAGCAUUGAUCGUGCUGCUGCUUCUCUUCCAAUCAUUUUGCCAAAUCUAUGAUUGCCGCCGUUUCAGUCUUCCUAUUUUGUCAGACGGCAAAAUUUUCAGAGAUGCCUCAUCAUUUCUAAGCUUCAACAGUACUGGUAGUCAAGGUCAAGAACUCAUGUCAGCCCGAAAAAUUCUUCGCUAUUCGAGUUAAGAAAAGAGCGGCCAGACGGUUAGUUCGAGCCGGCCAACCGGCCUGCCUGAGGUUUCAGCCGUUCCAAAUUCAUCUGUCUCUGCAAGUCUGCUGUUCCCUUUACCUUGUCAUUUACUGCUGAUUAUCAAUAAUAAGCUGUUUCGAUUUGCUAUUCCAA